AGGCUCCAGGCCUUCAUGAGGAGUUCAGCAUGGAGACAUUCAAGCAGCAGAAGGUGGAGGACUUUUAUGACAUCGGAGAGGAGCUGGGGAGCGGCCAGUUUGCCAUCGUAAAGAAGUGCCGGGAGAAAAGCACAGGCCACGAGUUCGCAGCCAAGUUCAUCAAGAAGCGGCAGAGCCGGGCCAGCCGGCGGGGCGUGAGCCGGGAGGAGAUCGAGAGGGAGGUGAGCAUCCUGCGGCAGGUGCUGCACCCCAACAUCAUCACGCUGCACGACGUCUACGAGAACCGCACCGACGUGGUGCUCAUCCUGGAGCUAGUGCCUGGAGGAGAGCUCUUCGACUUCCUGGCCCAGAAGGAGUCACUGAGCGAGGAGGAGGCCACCAGCUUCAUUAAGCAGAUCCUGGAUGGAGUGAAUUACCUUCACACCAAGAAGAUCGCUCACUUUGAUCUCAAGCCAGAAAACAUUAUGUUGUUAGACAAGAAUAUUCCCAUUCCACACAUCAAGCUGAUUGACUUUGGACUGGCUCAUGAAAUAGAAGAUGGAGUUGAGUUUAAGAACAUUUUUGGGACGCCGGAAUUUGUUGCUCCAGAAAUCGUCAACUAUGAGCCCUUGGGGCUGGAGGCAGACAUGUGGAGCAUAGGCGUCAUCACCUACAUCCUCCUAAGUGGGGCGUCCCCCUUCCUGGGAGAUACGAAGCAGGAAACACUGGCAAACAUCACAGCAGUGAGUUACGACUUUGAUGAGGAAUUCUUCAGCCAAACAAGCGAGCUGGCCAAGGACUUCAUUCGGAAGCUUCUGGUUAAAGAGACCCGGAAACGGCUCACCAUUCAAGAGGCUCUCAGGCACCCCUGGAUCACGUCCAAAGGAGAAGUAAGAGCCCCUGAACAACGGAAGUCAGAGCCUGUGCAGUUGAAGACCAAGAGCCUGAGAGAAUAUACCCUCAAGUGCCACUCCAGCAUGCCCCCCAACAACACCUAUGUCAACUUUGAGCGCUUUGCCCACGUGGUGGAGGACAUGGCUCUGGUGGAUCAGGGGUGCCGCUCCCUGGCAGGGGCCCAUGACACCAUCCAGGAUGACGUGGAGGCCUUGGUCUCUAUCUACAAUGAGAAGGAGGCGUGGUACCGCGAGGAGAGCGAGAGUGCGCGGCACCACCUUUCCCAGCUCAGGUAUGAGUUCCGUAAAGUGGAGUCCCUGAAGAAGCUCCUGCGUGAAGACAUCCAGGCCACAGCGUCCAGCCUUGGAAGCGUGGCCAAGAAACUGGACCAUCUGCAGGGGCAGUUUGAGGCUCUGAGGCAGGAGCUUUCAGCAGACCUGCAGUGGAUCCAGGAUCUGGUGGGCAGCAUCCAGCUGGAGAGUGGAAGCAGAGAAGGCCUGGCCUCGAUGUUCCACCAGGAUGCCAGUGAAUCCCUCACGGAGCUGCUCAGCAGAACGUGUAGUGAGGAAGUCCUGGCCAACCUGAAGUUCUGA